CCAUGGGCGUGUCCCAGGAGGGCGUGUCCCCCCCGUGGGCGUGUCCCAAUGUUGGCCCCGCCCCUUUCCCAGGCCGCCUGAACGUGAAGAACGAGGAGUUGGACGCGAUGAUCAAAGAGGCCUCGGGGCCAAUCAACUUCACCGUGUUCCUCACCAUGUUCGGCGAGAAGCUCAAGGAUCAAGAACAUAUCAAGAACAUGUGGGCCGCUUUCCCGCCGGACGUGGCCGGAAACGUGGAUUACAAGAACAUUUGUUACGUCAUC